UUCCUUUUCUACAACGUGUCGGGCUAAGACUGGUGUUCGCCAUGAACCACACCUUUUCUCCGAGCCUGGCGCGGCCUAACCUGCCCUUGCGAAAGCCGUCAUCCCGUCCCUCUGCCGCCAGCCCGUUUCCUGGACUGGCCAUGCCGGGUGGGAGCCCACUUCGUUCGUCUUCGCUGUCACCUGGAGCCAUCCCACCAGCCAGUGUAUCAGCUGCAUCACCUGUAUACCUUUGCCACUUUUGUGCUCAGCAAGGUAAUUUGCGGUGCAAGCGCUGCAAGAAGGUGACAUACUGCUCUGCGCUGUGCCAGAAAGAAGACUGGAAGGCACACAGGCACAUUUGCAUUGAAGCGCAGCCUGAAAAGGAGAACCCAAAUCUGCCUACUGCUUUGCCUGUGAUGCCAAGCAAUAGCAACCUACCUGACUUAAAGCAGGCGGAUGCAUUUGAACUUCACAGGGUUUAUUUGAAGGACUUGCACAGAGUCAAGACUAAACAGGGAUCAGAUAUUCAGGCAUCUGUAGUAGAAUUCUACAACCCUGGGAGGUUUUUUCUCCUUGCCCAAAGCCCCGAGCUGCUCGACACUCUACAGAGCAUCAGCAGCAAGCUCCAGAAGACCUCCAGGUGCCCGUCUGGGACCACGUACAUCCCCCGUGUUGGGGAGGUCUGCACAGCACAGUUCUCUGACGAUUUGCUUUGGUAUCGAGGCCUGGUCCAGAAGGUGGUUGCUGACAAAAAGGCACACAUGCUCUACAUUGACUAUGGGAAUGAAGAAGACGUCCCCUAUGAGAGGAUCAAGCCCCUGCCUGCUGAUCUUGAGCCUUUUCAUCCUUGCGCAAUGGAGUGCCAUGUUGCUGCUGUGGAACCGGUGGAUGGUAGCUGGUCCAAUGAGUGCUGCACAGCCGUGAAACAGCUUCUGGCUGGCAGGACUGUGACAACCAAACUGGUGGAAACGCUGAAGAAUGUUCAUGCAUAUGCUGUGGACAUCCAAAUUUCCGUGGGAAAGUAUUUGAGCUCAUUCCUUGUUGAGCGGGGUUUUGCAGUGAAAGCAACGGUGGACAUUGCACCUACUGAGCAAAAUAUUAAUGCCAUGCUGAGUGCUUCCUUGGAAAACUUCAAACGUCAUUCUGAAGGGAAAGAUGACAACACCUGGGCGCAGGUGCCAGAGCCUUUGACACAGGCGGUGGGUGACUCCUUUUCUGUGGUGAUUACUCACCUGCAGUCCCCAGAUAACAUGAUUGUGCAAAAGGUGGAGAAUGCUGGAGUGAUUCAGGAGUUGCAACUGAAGUUGAGGCUCCACUGCAGUCAGGUGCCCACCCCCCAAAACUUCCGACCAGCACCCGGCACAGUUUGCUGCGCCCAGUUCUCAGAGGAUAAGCAGUGGUACCGGGCCAAAGUGCUGGGCUAUUCAUCGGAGGAACGUGUUUGUGUCGGCUACAUUGAUUUCGGCAACUCCGAGGACAUAGAUUUAGGGGAUUUGAGACCCAUCAGCUCUUCGUUGCUGGCCUUGCCAAUGCAGGCCAUUCCCUGUGCCCUAGCUGGAGUGCAGCCUGUUGGGGAGAGUUGGCCUGAGGUGUGCCUGUUAGCCCUGCAGCGGAGUGUGUCCAACAGAAUCCUGCGUACAGAGAUCCAAGGGGCGCACAAGGGUAAAGCUUUGGUCACCAUGGUGGAUGAGGCGAGCGACCCUCAGUCUAAUAUCACGGAGUUGCUAAUCUCUGCCGGGUACGGCGUUCCCUCCACUGUUAAGGCCAAUGAUGUCCAGCAGUCUGAACAACCCACGGCUGCUGCAGAACCACAAGUGUGCGAGCCUCUGAUAUGGUCCUCAGUUGAGCUUCCCACCGAUGGCCAGUUGGUGGUGCUGUCCACCACUCUUAUUGUGAACCCUGGAGAGUUUUUUUGCCACAUUGACAACCCCGCUGACCGUCAGCAACUUAUUACGCUCAUUGCUGAUUUGAAACAACACUGUGAGGCAGAUGUGGCAGCCUUUGAACCCAAAGUGGGGGAUCCCUGCUGUGCCAUGUUUCCAGGUGAUGGAGCCUGGUACCGUGCAAAGGUCAAUGGUCAGUCUGAAGACACAGUGACCGUAAACUUUGUGGACUACGGUUAUAGCAUGGAAUUGGAAAAAAGGCACCUUCGCUCAGUGACACCUCGACUUCUUCAGCUGCCCUUCCAGGCCGUUCGCUGCUUCCUCUCAGGUGUGGAGGCCAUGGGUUCCGAGUGGAGCAGCGAAGCCAUUCUGUGGUUUCAGACCCAAGUGGAUGGAGAGAAGAUGAAUGCACGCGUCCUCACUGUCACCAAACAGGGUUACGGUGUGGAGCUGGAGUGCAGAGGGCAGAGCAUCGCAGCUGGCCUCAUCUCAAAUGUCCUUGGUAGAGUCCCUGGAGAAAUUCCUAAAGGGGUGCACUCCAUCUUGUCGCCUGGGGCCAAACAGAGAGAAGACGUGAAGGAGAAGGAGCACAGCCAAACCCAGGCCUCCAAACAGAUGCCCACAGUGGAAGGUGUUGCGACACAAUUAUCAGGCCCGACUUUUCCAGUGGACUGGAAGACAAUGGAGCUGCCUAUCAAUGAGCCCUUCAAGCCUUACAUUGCAGCUGUUACUAGUCCUUCCCUUUUCUACCUGCUCAGUCCCAACCAAGUGGACCAGCAAAAGCAUAAGGAGAUGAUGCUGGAGCUGGCUGCAUUUUGCUGCACUCAUCGUGCCACUUUGUCAUCCUCCACUGACCAUAGCAGACUUACCCCCGGAGUGGCCUGUUGCGCGCAGUUCUCUGCUGAUGACAACUGGUACCGUGCUGUGGUUCUGGAGGUGGCUGACAAUGAGGUAUCAGUCAUCUACGCCGAUUUUGGCAACACCGAAAAACUGCCGGUAUCGCGAAUUUUUCCCAUCCCCGAACACCUGCUGCAGCUCCCCUUCCCGAUAGCCCGCUGCACUCUGACUGGUAAGGAGCACUUCCCUGCCCAGUGGCCACCACAAGUGUUGCAAAUGUUUCACGGUUUGUUGCUGAGCAGCGUCCUCGCCACCGCGCAUUCGUUCGACGGAUCUUUCAACGUUCUCUCAGUUACCCUGCCUGCUGAGAGGGGCGGUGCCCAUCUCACUGCCCUUGUCUUGGACGCGCUGCAGGCCCACAUCAAAAAUCCUUAUAGCCCAUCUCCUGCCAUGGACCAGAAGGAUAGCACCAGUUCUGCAACGCUCCUUCACCACCCUAAGCCUCACUUGACAUGCACCGUGGACAAGAGCGUGGAAAAUACAGCGGUGGCCUCUGAGCCCCUAGUAGGAUUGCAGCCGACCCCCCAAAGCCCACAGCAAAUGCAGAGCAUUGCAGCAGAGCCCCAUAAAGAAGCCCAGACCUCUGGAUGCUGCUGUCAGAGCCUGAAGACCAAGUUGGAGCAUCUGGAGCUGAAGAUGGAGCGUCUGGAGCAGAAGAUGGAGCUGCAGCUGUCCUUACUUAAGCAGUGUGUUGAACGGUUGCAGUCCUAACUACUCCACUCGGGUUGCAGUCCACUCAAUCUCAUCAUGUUUUUAUUCUGGUUUACAUGUAAAAACAAGUUACAGUCCAUUCUGGUUGUUUUGUUUAUACGUUUUAAUAUUUUGAUAGUGUGCAGAAGUGUGCUUUGCUGCCAAGGCCUCCUUUAAGUUCUUAUCUGGCACACAGGUGGUGUAUUUGCGUUUGUCUUUUACAUAAAAGUUCGAUCGCAAGAA